AUGAACGGCCAAUCGUCGAGACGAGCUCUCAAGACGAGCUUUCGUGCAUCGCCCAAAUCUAUCAAGCCUAUCUAUACUGGAGGACCGGUCGUGUUAACAAAAGAUGGACAAUGGUUGAUCACCACCAUGGGUGAAGAGGUAUUAGUGACAGAGGUAAAGACCGGUCUAGCUAUUGCUAAAGUACGAGGGGACUCUACACCUAUUACCUCUUUGGCCCUUUCGUAUCAUACUGAGCCGCCUACUCUUAUCACAGCUCAUGCUUCCAUGACCUUACGCUAUUACCCGCUUCCUGCUUCUGCUCCUCUCGCUUCAGUCCCAAAACCCCCUCUUCUCACCUAUUCUCGAGCACUAUCCAAAGCUCAUUCAGCCCCUAUCCUUAUUUCGACCGUGUCACCCGACUCUACACUCCUUGCAACUGGUUCUUCGGAUGGUGUGGUCAAGGUAUGGGAUCUUGAAGGGGGAUAUGUCACUCAUCUUUUCCGUGGACAUGGUGGACCUGUAUCAGCAUUACAUUUCAAUUUCCCAAUCAUCGAAGGAGAAGAACGUCGGCGAAUGGAACUUGUUACUGGAUCAACAGAUGCCAGAGUAAGAAUAUUCGACUUGAGAGACGCUAGCGCUCGGGUCGUGGGAGGUGGAAAUGCUGUCAAACCUAAAGCCGUAUUAGAAGGACAUGUGAGCGUUGUAAGAGGAAUAGACGUCACGCCCGAUGGCAGAUGGGCUGUCACAGGUGGUAGAGAUAAAGUUGUCCUCGUUUGGGAUAUGCUAUCUGGAGAGAAUAUUGGACAGUCUUCUAAAAAGUCCGGUAAAGGUAAAGCUACUGCAGCCGGUACACCAAAGCUAGUCCAAACGAUAAUAGCUCAAGAACAGGUGGAAUGUCUUGGCUUGCUGCCGAUCGAAGAACCAGUGGCUGGAUCAGCCAACGGAAGACUGCUCUGCUAUACAGGUGGAGACAGGGGAAUUGUCAGAAUAUGGGAUGUCCUCAAGGGUCAAGAGAUAGGCUCGAUGAAAGGUGUAGAAGGGGUUGACGAGGCAGAAGUGGAUGAGGAUGAGCAAAGAGGGGUGUUGAACGUAAUAUAUGACUCCACAUCAUCGUCUCUUGUUUCGGUUCAUGCCGACCAGAAUAUCAUUUUCCACUCCCUCUCUUCUUCCCAAGCUAUACGUCAAAUUGUAGGGUUUAAUGACGAGAUAGUCGAUUCUAUAUUCCUCAACUCAACAUCCUCUUCUUCCCACACCCAUCUUGCUCUCGCUACCAACUCAAACUUGAUUCGUUUAUAUUCCACGUCGACGUUUGAUGUCCGUCUCCUCUCCGGCCACAAAGAUAUGGUGUUAUGCUUGGACAAGUCAGCGGAUCACCAAUGGCUUGUCAGUGGAAGCAAGGAUCAAACUGCAAGGGUAUGGGCACCUACGCCAGAUGGCCAAGGUUGGAAAUGCGUUGCAAUAUGUGAAGGUCACGCAGAGAGUAUAGGUGCUGUAGCGCUAUCGCGGAAGAUGGAUGAUAAAGGCAAAUCCGGAAGGUUUUUGUUCACAGCAAGUCAAGAUCGAACCAUCAAAAUGUGGGAUUUGACAUCACUUCCUCUGGAUCCCUCUGACAUGCCCGAGGAACCUAUUAAACCUCGAUCUAUGGCUACAUUGAGAGUGCAUGAGAAAGAUAUCAAUUCGCUAGAUCUAUCGCCAAACGACAAGUUUUUGGCUUCCGGUUCUCAAGACAAGUUGGUCAAGAUCUUCCAUGUUGAUUUUGAUGCUUCUUCAGGCGCUGGUUCUGGCUCAUUGAAGUUGGCGGGAACAUGUAAGGGUCAUCGAAGGGGUGUUUGGUCAGUAAGAUUUAGCAAGACAGAUAGAGUGGUAGCGAGCGCAGCGAAUGAUAAAACUGUUAGAUUAUGGAGUUUAGACGACUUUUCGUGUUUGAAAACAUUCGAAGGACACACCAAUGCCGUUCUCCGUGUCGACUUCUUGAGUAACGGUAUGCAGUUGAUCACCUCUGCGCGUGAUGGCUUGGUCAAACUGUGGAACAUCAAAGACGAGGCAUGUGUGAAAACACUCGACAAUCAUGAGGACCAGGUAUGGGCACUAGCCAUAUCGAGUGACGAGAAGACGAUUGUCUCUGCUGGUUCUGAUUCUGUUGCUACUUUCUGGGAGGAUUCUACUGAAGUCGAACAAGCGGAGAAGAAUGAAGCCUUGGUCAAGGCAGUGCAAAGCGAGCAAGAUUUCACCAACUACAUCGCUUUGAAGGAUUAUCGUCGCGCCAUUCUUCUCGCUUUAUCGAUGUCCCAACCCGGUCGAUUGUUGCAUCUGUUUAGGACUUUGAUCAACUCACCUACUCCAGCAGAAGGCAGUAUCAUCGGCUCAUUAGAAGUGGAUGAAGUCAUUCGAACGUUGCCAGGAUUAGAUCUUGUUCGUUUACUGAAGUUUAUCAGAGAUUGGAAUGCCAAUGCCCGUACAUCACCUAUAGCUCAGGUGAUCCUACAUGCUAUACUCAAACUCCGAUCGGCGGAAGACAUCUUGGCUGCUUUCGAUUCUGCUGGUAAGAUCCCUUCACUCAAUCCUGCAGAUGAAGAGGAAGGUGAAGCAGAUGAAGGUGUGGAGAAGAAGAAACUUACCAAAGCGGAAAAACUCGCCGCUCCUAUUGGAAUUAAAGAACUUUUAGAUGGAUUGAUACCUUAUUCUGAGCGACAUUUCUCAAGAAUAGACAAGUUGGUCCAAGAAAGCUAUAUGCUCGAUUACGUUCUUGGAGAGAUGGAUGGAGGGUUAUUCGGUGGAGAGGUCAUGGAUAUUGAUGGUGUGGAUGUUUGA